AUGAGUCAGCGUAUUUAUAUGAGAAACGACUCAGAACCAGCUCUAGUGAAAACGAGUGAAGAUCUGCCAUCAACUUCCACGUCGAUGUCAUAUUUGAAAUCCCAUUACGUUAUCAUUUUGAUCCUUGUUAUAGGAUGUUUUCUUCUAUUUCAUUUCAGGUUCAAAUUGGCAGAGUUACACGAUAGAUAUAGAACGAGACGUAGGAUGGGUCAAGGUUAUUAUACGAGCAUUGACACGUCUCUGUUCCAAGAUGAUAUCAAUGAUGGAUUGAAUAGUGCGAGUUUCGACCUCGAGGCUAAUAAUUUGACUCGAGAAGAUCCGAGAAAUGGGUUAGACGAGCAGGCAAAGGAAGAAAUUAAACGGAUUAUGAAGAGUAAACUGAUGAGUUUUGAUGAGGCCCGAUUAGAGUAUGUUAGGGGCGAAUUUGCUGGGAAUAAUAUUGACGAAAAUGGUGUUCCUAAGGAUCCAAAACUAGUUACACUAUCGAGCUAA